AUGGCGGCAGAGAUGCUGGUGGUGGGGCGAGAUGGCGGCAGAGAUGGUGGUGGGAAGAGAAUAGAUCGUUUAGCGUCUUGGAGGCAACAUACGCUGUCGGAUGGUGUUAAGGAAGUUUUAAUAAAGGCAGUGUUGAAUGCUCUUUCAACGUAUAUUAUGUCUGCCUUCCGGUUACCUCAGACUUUGUGUCUUGCUUUAUUAAAGCAGAUACAUUCCUUCUGGUGGCGAAAAUCUAGUAAAUAUGAAUCCAUUCAUUGGGUUUCGUGGGAUUGCGUCAAAAUUCCUGGGCUUCCAAUGUCAUUGGGGCCGAGGGUGGCUGCGUUGGGUUUUACUUGGGUGGAAGAGAUUAUUGAUGGUAAUUGCAAAGAAUGGGGUAUGGAUGUGUUGAGACGAUUAUUUUCUUCAACGAAAAUUCAUCGUAUUUCAAAGAUUUCUUUAAGUCAUGGGCCGUUAGAUGAUGCUCAAAUUUGGGAAACUGAUGCUUCAGGGUAUGCGUUGGUUCACCGAGAUUGCUUGCAAGAUCUGGUGUGUCCAAGGUGUGGAUUGGAGGUAGAGGAUAUUAAUCUUAUUUUUUUCCGCUAUCCUCACUCGGUUCAGGUAUGGAAGCUGACUCCUCUUCGUUGGGAUUUUUCUCAAUAUUCUCCUUUAUCUUUUGUUGAAUGGUGGGAUAAAAUUUCAAUUAAUGUUUUGCCUUCAAUGGAAAAUAAAGGAGUUAUGAUUGGGUUAGCAUCCUUUUAUGUGUGGAUGAUUUGGAAAGCUAUAAAUAAAAUGAUUUUUGAGAAGGAUGUGUGGGAUCCUUUGAUGGUGGCUAAUUUAAUUAUGGACCGUUUUUGGCAAUUUCUAAAUGUGCAGCAGAAAUGCAAGCCGCUGGUUUCUCCUUUGCAUUCUAUUGUGUCCUAUAACCAUUGGACUCGUCCGUUGCAUAACGAGAUUAAAUGUAAUGUGGAUGCAAGUUUUUCAAAGUCUUCUCGGUUAGGGGGUGGAGGGGCGGUGUUUCGGAAUUCAAAUGGUUUUGUUGUGAAAGUUGUGAUUUUUAAGUCGCCUUCUUCUUUUUCUGUGCUUGAACCUCAAGCUUACGCUUUCCGCCGUGCUAUUUACUGGACUAAAGUGUUUAAAUUUCAGGAUGUCUGUUUUGAGUUGGAUGCUAAAGUGGUGGUGGAAGCCUUAACGGGUGUUCUAUCUGGAGAGAGUGAGUUUGCUUCUUUGGUGUCUGUUAUGCAAAAAGAGCUUCAGGAUUUUCCUACUUUCUCAAUUACGCAUGUGCGACGGUUUAGUAAUCAGGUCGCUCAUACAUUGGCAUGUUUAUCGUGUGUUGAGAUGAAAACGGACUUGGUGCUUCAGUCCAUGCCUUCAUCAGUCCUUAAGUUUUUGGAGGAGGAUGUUGCUACUUGA